GCCCGCCUGGGCCGUGGUCUGUCGCGUGGGGCGGCGCCUCGGCCGGCCGUGCCAGCUAGCUCGUUGCGCCUCAGCUGGCGCAUGGACAUUUCCAUCAGCGUGGAGGCCUCGUGGCGCCGGCGCCCUUUCAUCUCUCUGGCUGCGCCCGCCGGCCGCACGCGCUCAGUCUCUCUGUUCCUACAUGGUGCACCGCUGCAGACAUAGUCCUGGUUCUGGGGCCGAAGCUCUUUUCAGAAGCAAAAACGAAGACGAAUCCAAC